AUCAAGGCUUUCCUUCUGGCAAUACCGAGCUGCUGCUUUCAAGAGGUGUGGCUCAUAGCAUUUCCAGAUAUGACUCUGGUUUUAGCAAAGUGGUGCUGAGGGCACUCACCACCAUGAAUAUGGAUGGUUAUGCACUGUUUGUCAGCCCAAAUACAAGUGCUGAUAUUCUGUUGAAGACUGCAAUGGAAAUGUGGAAGUUGUUCAAAGAGAAUGACAAGCGAAAGAAAUUUACUUUGGUAACUGGAGCACAGCACUCAACACUGAACAAAGUUAUAUCUGAGCUUGGAAAGUGCUCGGACUAUGUGGUUGUUCUUCCCGACAGUCUUGAAAAACACUCCAAGUGCUUGAUUAACAGUUCGUUGUACUUCAAGUACGAUAAUCCCAUGUUGCUGGAUGAGUUAAUGAAAGGCAGUGGGGCCACUGCAAUGCUGGCUGUAUCAGUGUUUCUUCCUGUGAUCACUUAUGACAUUUCCAAAGGCACAGUGAUCCUGGUGAUUCCUGCAUUGAAGAAGACUGGCAUGGCUAUGCAGUGACAUGCUUUGGCUAUGGAUUCAGCAAAGAAGAAAGGGCAUUACAUGGACCUGUUAGCCUCUAUAACCCCACCGAGCUCAUGGUAUAUGAAGAUGAAAUGACCAUUGCAGAACGUAUCUCUAGCAUCUCAAUAACAAACCCAUACAUUUCUGUAGCGGCAUUUUAUGUUGACGCUGAGGACCAGGUUGGGAGUUGUGCGAACAGGGCACCAGCAUCCAGAUUGGCUCAUCUCUCUCAACUCAUCACCAACAAAUCUGCAAAUGUGCCAUCCACAACACGCAGUCCACGAGUCAAGCAUAGGACAACGGGUCCUCCAGACUCUCUGAUCUGCGUUUAUACAAGGGAAAUCAGGUUUCCAGAUCUUUUGACCCAAAUGUGCGAUUAUGUUGUCUACAUGAACAUUGCACUGACUGAAGAUACCAAAGAAGUGCAAGUUCGGCUUGAUCUGGGUUAUGACCAGCUUGUGGCUCUGGACAGAGACUGGGUGAAAGGAUUACUGCUGGCACCAGAGCCUCGUGUUGUCGAGACCCUUAUGCACUUUGAAGAUUCUAAACUCAAAGAUCACCUUCAGUUAUGGGGAAACAAAAUAAAGUUGGCCAAAAUAUCUGGGCUGGCCUUCUUCUUCACCGAUGUCCCAAUGAAAGACGCUUAUGGUCUGCAUGAGAAAGUAUGGCAGUUCUUCAGUCAAGCUGAGGAUCAAGUCGUUCUCCUUGUCGGGUUGACAAGUGUGAGUGACUUGCAGCAGCUGCUGAAAUUCGCAGGGAAAUGUGAUAUACUGGUCCUUGUGAAGCACCAUUACUCUAUGCCAUCGAAAUGUGUCAUCACAGAUCCCUUUUUGACACCAGUGGUAGAACAAGAUUACAAAAAUUUGGCAGCGCUGGUGCAGGAAUCUGGCUUUAAGACUGCAGUAGGUCUGUCUCUGCCUAUGGUUGUGACUGAGUACCACCUGAGCAGCACUGAAUACACCAACAGUUCUUCUUGUGACAAGGAACACUGGGUCAACUAUGUCGAUACGUGUCCAAAUCCAAAAAGACAGACAGAAUAUGACGACAACCUGACAAAAUCAGUACAGAAAAAUGGCUCUAUAAUAUACUCAUUUCAAGAUGAAAGAGUCAUGCACCAACAGAUGUCCCUGUUUAUCAGUAAACUCAAGCGGGGCUGCAUCACUGCUUUCUAUGUGGAGUAUGAAGACUGGAUGGGAGACUGCAACGCAAGACAGUCUAUCACAAGACUUAAAAUGAUAUCUUCACAGCUCAACAGGACAGAAGAUAUCACAGAGCCUGCCAGAACCACACCAGUCCAUGUGGAAAGUACAACCACACCAGUCCAUGUGCAGAGCACAACCACACCAUUCCACAUGAAGAGCACAACCACACCAGUCCACGUGAAGAGCACAACCGCACCAGUCCACGUGAAGAGCACGACCACGCCAGUCCAUGUGAAGAGCACGACAACACCAGUCCAUGUAACAAGCACAACCACACCAGUCCAUGUAGCAAGCACAACCACACCAGCGCACGUGAAGAGCACAACCACACCAGUCCCCGUGAAGAGCACGACCACGACAGUCCAUGUGAAGAGCACAACCACACCAGUCCAUGUAACAAGCACAAGCACACCAGUCCAUGUAACAAGCACAACCACACCAGUGCACGUGAAGAGCACAACCACACCAGUCCACGUGGAGAGCACAACCACACCAGUCCAUGUGGAGAGCACAACCUCACCAGCGCCAGUGGAGCACACAGCACCUGUCAUCUGUCUGUUCUCUCGUCGGCUCCCCAACUUGCCCCUUGCAGCUCAACUGUGCCCCUACAUGGCUUACAUGGGCCUCAUGCAUCAUGCCAGCAAUGAUCGCUUCUACAUAAAUGAUGACGCUGGCCUGUACCAGUUCCUGGCUCUCAGGCAGCACAAUGUCCAGCACCUCAUUAUUGCAACUGCACCCAUGCACUCACACUUGCUGACACAGCUGCGCGAGACCUUUUUACAUGAUGGUGUGUCUCGCCUGAUGUACAGCAUCUCAAGGGAUCAGCCCCUUGAGACCCUUCAUGGAGUGAUGGUGCUUGCCACAUCAGUGGUCGACUUGGAUAAUCUGCAUAAAGUAUCAUCAGACAUUCGAAGCUACCUUCACACAAAGAUGCGUUUGAAACUAUAUCUUGCUGUCCAGACUGUGGGAUAUAACACAAGCUUUCAUCCACUGCUCAAGUUGAAAAGCUCAUGUGACCAGCUAAUACUAUACACCAAUCCUUUUGUACCUUCUCCUCACUGCAAAAUAAUGCCAAUCAUCUAUCAAGAUCUGGAUGUACUAGACAAGACAAUCUUUAAAAGUGAAAAGAAGGGGGAGUCUGUUCCGUGCAUUACACUUAAUUUGGCUGUUCGCCGAUAUCAGCUAGCGGACGGGAAAUCAGAUUUUAAUGAAGACUGUGCCAAGGAAUACUGGGAAAAGUAUUCAGCAACCUGCCCUGAUAAACCUGGUGUGAGGGGAUCUACUACAACAUCAGCGUACUUGAAGACUAGCGAGAAUAUGCUUGUUUUUGAAAAUGAAGCAAGCAUAGAAAAAAAGCUUUCUAAGCUCAUGCAAAUCAACCCUAGCAUAUGUGUGAUGGCCACUGCUAUUGAAAAGGAGGACUGGAAUCACGAGUGCUCUGCUCGCCCAGUUGCGGCCUCCAGGAUGCUUGCUAUUGCCAAGUAUGGAGGUUCAGAGACUUUGCCCCCUCCUUCGCAGACAAACGGUGUCCUAAUAUGUGUGGUGGAAAAGACAACACUUAUCGUGAUGUUGCCUGGAGGCCUGUGCACUCACCUAGUGUACUCGAGUGUACAUUACCGUCUUGGCUCUGAACAUACUUACAUAGCUGACGAUGGUACAGCAUUUUAUGCAGCUUCCGACCUUGCCAUGAAGAGUGGUAUGCAUUUCCUUAGUGAGAUAGACCUGACCAGUUUCUUGAAUAUUAAUGUGGAUCACGCUUUUACUGGGUUUCUGACAUCAAGCACUAAAUGGAUCCAGGAAACACAUCAGGAUGGCCUGGCUUUUAUAAAUGUUCCCAACAAAACUGACAACGUGAAGUUUGAAUCAAUAAUCAAGCAAAAGGUUGAACUUAACUCUGGCUCGGCAACUACUCCAUGUGUAUCAUUCAACAUGGCUGUCAGAGUAUUUCACUGGCGUAAACAACACUUCAGUGUCGUCAGGAAGAAUGGGCAAGUUACAGCCAGCCAAUAA